AUGGAUUAUUUUCAAAUGAACUCGCUGCACACGGCCGACAUCAACCCGGCGACCGGCGCGCCGGUCUUGGAUGCCGAUGAGCACAUCCUUGCCAUGUUUCCAUCUGUGCGUAUGUUUACCAAUACGUAUGGACCGAGUGACGAUGACGAUGCAUCCCCGUCGAUGGAAUCGAAAGGCACCGGAAACCUCUUCGUCUCGUCCGCACGGGUGUUAUGGAUCUUUGAUCAAGACGCCACUGGUGUCGUGGGAUAUGCAUGGGAUAUGACUUAUCUGUCGUUGCACGCGAUCUCGCGCGACGUGAGCACAUUCCCCGAGGCUUGUCUGUAUUGCCAACUGGAUGUGGAAGACGAGGUCAAUGAGAUUCGAUUUGUACCACAAGACAUUGACAAGCACCGUACGACGUCGUUGCAGCGCAUGCGCUUUCUCGAUGUUCCCAUGCCUUGUCAAACUAACACGAUGACGACGUUCUUCAUUAGUUCAGCCCAUGUUUGAUGCAUUUUCAGCCUCUGCUGCACUCAACCCCGACGAUGACGACGACGAUGCCGACGGGCAAGGUGGCGACUGGAUUUACAACGAAGAUGAAGUCGUGAGUGGGGCUCGUGAGGCGAACUUGGCGGCACAUUUCGACUCUAUCUUGGAGGUCGUGCCUUCGCUGGACGAUGGUCACGUUGCCGGGCAGUUUGACGAUGCGCCCGAUGACGACAGCGGCGACGACCUUCUGUAACACCGAGUGUCCAUCCCGACCCCAAGGGCCUCUUCGACGUUUACAUCGUCGCACAGACGCAUUGCUCAAUAAAAGUUUUGCCUCAGAAAUAGCACUCGCGCUGGAGCGGACACCCAACGCGCUACAUUAUGUAAGAUGCCCAUUCAGUCGUUAUCGA